AUGACACACCUCAAAGCAAGUUCAAAGUUGAGGUUGGUUUCCGGAGAGGAGUCGAGUGGGAGCCAAAAUCUAGAGUUUGUUACCCUUAAGGCUCAAAAAGUAUAUGAAACGUACCACAAUGCAAUGAAGGAUAAAUAUGGUGAUGACCUCACUUUGCAUCCACUUGGUGAUGUUAGAUUGUGGGAGCAGUGUGUAGGUGGGAGAAAGAAGGGUUGGAUUUUUGGGGUAGGAAACUCGGAUCCAAGUUUCGUGGUGACCGGGACACCAAUUGUGGCAUGUUCUCUAUGGACUAUGCUCGAUCUCAACAAGAGAUACGGGACUUGCAAACCCAACUCGAUGAGUCCGAAGCCCGCCAUCAACAAGAGUUGGAACAAUUUCGAAAAGAACAUGAGGAAUCCAAAGCACGUCAAGAAACUAUGGAAAACGUAUGGAAGAACUUUGGAGUAA